AUGGGUCCAGCUGACACGGGAGCUUGUGAUUUGAAGACUGUCCUGUCCCUGCCCCAGCACCCAGGGGAGUUCCUGCACCCCGUGGUGUACGCCUGCACUGCAGUCAUGUUGCUCUGCCUUCUCACCUCCGUCCUCACCUAUAUUGUGCACCGCAGCGCCAUCCGCAUCAGCAGGAAAGGCCGCCACACCCUUCUGAAUUUCUGCUUCCACGCGGCUCUGACGUUCACGGUGUUCGCUGGUGGGAUCAACCGCACCACAUACCCCAUCCUGUGCCGGGCGGUGGGCAUCACGCUACACUAUGCCACGCUGUCCACCAUGCUGUGGAUCGGGGUGACCGCCAGGAACACCUACAAGCAAGUGACCAGGAAGGCCCCGCCUUGCAGCAGCGCAGAGCAGCCACGCUUCCCCAGGCAGCUGUUGCUCAGGUUUUACCUCAUUAGUGGCGGGGUGCCUUUCAUCAUCUGUGGGGUCACUGCUGCCACCAACAUCAGGAACUACGGCGCCGAAGACGCGGACGCGGCGUACUGCUGGAUGGCCUGGGAGCCCAGCCUGGGCGCCUUCUAUGGGCCAGCCGCCUUCAUCACCCUGGUCACCUGCGCCUACUUCCUCUGCACCUACGUCCAGCUGCGCCGACAUCCUGAGUGCAGGUACGAGCUGAGAGAGCGGACGGAGGAGCAGCAGCGGCUGGCGGCUCCGGACAUGGGUCGCAGCCACCGGGCAGGGCCCGGGGCGGAGCCUAGCUGUGACGGCCCAGCUGCCUCGCUGCUACGGAACGAGCACUCCUUCCAGGCACAGCUUCGCGCUACCGCCUUCACACUCUUCCUCUUCGCCGCCACCUGGGCCUUCGGAGCGCUGGCCGUGUCGCAGGGUCACUUCCUAGACAUGGUCUUCAGCUGCCUCUAUGGGGCCUUCUGCGUGACGCUGGGGCUCUUCGUGCUCAUCCACCAUUGCGCCAAGCGCGAGGACGUGUGGCAUUGCUGGUGGGCCUGUUGUUCCUCCCGCAGGCGCGCCGGUGCCACGCAGCCAGGCGCCAAUGGGGACUGCCUGCCGGACUCGCCGCACCUGGGGCCUGCGGGCUGUAGCCACCCGCCCUCCGGCCGCUGCAAAAUGACCAACCUGCAGGCCGCCCAGGGCCACGCCCACUGCCUGUCGCCGGUCACGCCCUGCUGCGCCAAGAUGCACUGUGAGCAGUUGAUGGAGGAGGAGGCGCUGGGACGCGGCGCCGAGGACGCCUUCGGGUGUGGCGUCGAGGACGCCUUUGGGCGUGGCCCGCACCCGCACCGAUGCCUCCAAGGCAGGACUAAGCCGCCCUUCUUCGGCCGGCCGCGGGAAGCUGAGCCAGAGUACGCCUACCACAUCCCGUCCAGCCUGGACGGCAGCCCCCACAGCUCGCGCACGGACAGCCCCCCCAGCUCGCUGGAAGGUCCGGCGGGCGCGCACACGCUGGCCUGCUGUGCGCAAGGGGACCCCUUCCGGGUGGCUGGCCAACCGGAGGGCAGCGUCCUGUUCGGCUGCGCUCAGCGGCCCGGCCCCGCCCACUUCGAGAUGCUCCGCAGGACACCGUCCUUGCCCUUUGGGGGUUCCGGGCAAAACGGGGCGCUCAAAGGAGCCGUGCUCGAGGGUCUGCCCUAUGGAGCCGACAGCACGGGCAACAUCCGCACGGGGCCCUGGAGGAACGAGACCACCGUGUAG